CGGCGGCCCCCGGGGAUGCGCGCCCCCGGCGAUCGCGGGGUCCCCACGGCACGCCCCGCGCUGCAGCCGCUGCUGCUGCUGCUGCUGCCGCUACUCCUGCCGCUGCUGGGGGCGCCGCGGGGCGUGGGGGCGGGCGCGCCGGCCGAGCUGCGGGUCCGCGUGCGGCUGCCCGACGGCCAGGUGACCGAGGAGAGCCUGCAAGCGGACAGCGACGCGGACAGCAUCAGCCUGGAGCUGCGCAAGCCGGACGGCACCCUCGUCUCCUUCACCGCCGACUUCAAGAAGGAUGUGAAGAUCUUCCGGGCCCUGAUCCUGGGGGAGCUGGAGAAGGGGCAGAGUCAGUUCCAGGCGCUCUGCUUUGUCACCCGGCUGCAGCACAAUGAGAUCAUCCCCAGUGAGGCCAUGGCCAAGCUCCGGCAGAAAAACCCGCGGGCCGUGCGGCAGGCAGAGGAGGUGCGGGGCCUGGAGCAACUGCACAUGGACGUCGCUGUCAACUUCAGCCAGGGGGGCCUGCUGAGCCCCCACCUCCACAACGUGUGCGCCGAGGCUGCGGACGCCGUCUACACCCGCCAGGAGGACGUGCGGUUCUGGCUGGAGCAAGGUGUGGACAGCUCCGUGUUCGAGCCUCUGCCCAAGCCCUUGGCGCAGGCGCAGCUGCCUCGCUGCGCGCAGCAGGGCGACCGCGGGAAGGCCUGCGUGUGCCGCUACGGCCUGAGCCUGGCCUGGUACCCCUGCAUGCUCAAGUACUGCCACGGCCGCGACCGGCCCGCGCCCUACAAGUGUGGCAUCCGCAGCUGCCGCAAGAGCUACAGCUUCGACUUCUACGUGGCCCAGAGGCAGCUGUGCCUCUGGGAUGAGGACCCCUAGCCGGGCUGGCGGGAGGGGGUGGGCCCCGGCCGGGACGCUGGGCUGCCCUCCCCUCCCCCGCUGGCCUGGCCCUUGGCACCCCCAGCCCCAUCUCCUGCCACUGUGAAGGGCAGGGGGGUGGCAUCACAGGGCCACUUAGGAAGGCAGCCCCCUGCUCCCAGCCUGUGCCUUGUUGGGGACAGAGUGGGGUGGGGGUGUGUGUGGCCAAGCCUGCGCCCUUCCCCUCCUCCGUGUCCCCUGAAGUGCUCACCAAAAUGUGACAGCCAAGGAAUCUUCUAUGGAACUCUUCAAGGUUCGCAUUCAAAAGGGGCGUGUCUUCCUGUUACGCCCCACCCUGCACACUGCUGGGAAGGGUUGGCUGCCCCGCCUUCUCAUUGCUGGCCCUGGGCUGCCUGGAUGAGGUGGCAGGCAGAGACCACCCCCAACCCCACACCACCACCACCACCACCGACAACAGACCACGUGCCUUUCCCGGCCCCAGCCCAGCCCCGGACUUGGCCCCUAGAGCCAGCACCAGCUCUGUCCCCUCUACUCAGAGAUGUUUUUGUCAGGCUCUGGGGCGGGGAGGGAGUGUGAAGUAUGCAGAAAACUUGAAUUCCAGAUUUUUAAUGCAAAGUAUUUAUCAUUUGUACCAGAAAUAAAAGUUUUAAGUUUUUACUUGACUGACAGCUGCA